GCUGGAAGACAGUGAAGAGAUGUUCGCUGCACAAGGGCUCCAUUGAAGAGGAAACUUUCUCAGGGGACAUUGAGGAAAAAGGAAAAAGUAGUAUUCCUGUAGGACUGGAACUCUAAUCUCUCCCAAUGGCAUCCAUAGAUCCAUAUCAGUAUAUAAUAGUUGAACACCAGUAUUCUCAUAGAUUUACCGUAACUGUAAUAAAAGCUACCAAUGUCACUAAAGGAACCUUUGGAGAUAUGCUUGAUACUCCUGACCCUUAUGUGGAACUGUUCAUUUCAUCUGUACCAGAUGGCCGAAAUAGAACAAAGCAUUUCAACAAUGAUAUUAAUCCAGUUUGGAAUGAAUCAUUUGAAUUUGUUUUGGACCCAAAUCAGGAUAAUAUCUUAGAGAUAACCCUAAUGGAUGCUAAUUAUGUGAUGGAUGAAACUUUGGGCACAACAAAAUUUCAAAUUUCUACACUGAAGCCUGGAGAAAAAAAAGAGGUGCCAUUUACAUUUAACAAAGUCACAAAGGUCUUUCUAGGAUUCUCAUUACAGGAAUGCUCGUCCACUGAUUUGCGAUUCAGCAUGGCUUUGUGUGAUCAAGAAAAAAGUUUCCGACAAAAAAGAAAAAACAAAGUCAUCAAUGGAAUCAAGAAACUUCUGGGACCUGAAAAAAGCAAAGACUUGCAUUCAGCUUCAAGAGAUGUACCUGUCAUUGCAGUUUUAGGCUCUGGAGGUGGAUUUCGUGCAAUGGUUGGCUUCUCUGGAGUCAUGAAAGCUUUAUUUGAAUCAGGAGUCUUAGACUGUGUAACAUAUGUUGCUGGAUUGUCUGGAUCUACAUGGUAUAUGUCUACACUUUACUCUCAUCCGGAUUUUCCAAGCAAAGGACCAAAGGAAAUAAACAAGGAGGUUAUGAACAGUGUCAGUCACAGUCCCCUACUUUUGCUGACACCGCAGAAAGUGAAACGCUACAUUGAGGCUUUGUGGAAAAAAAAAAGUUCUGGGCAGCCAGUUACCUUUACUGAUGUAUUUUCCAUGCUCAUUGGGGAGACACUUAUUCGAGAUAGAAUGAACAGCAAGUUAAGUAGCAUGCAGGAGAAAAUAUGUGAUGGUCAGUGCCCAAUGCCGUUGUUCACGUGUCUUCAUGUGAAGCCGGAUGUAUCAGAGCUGAUGUUUGCUGACUGGGUGGAAUUUACCCCCUAUGAAAUAGGAAUGGCAAAGUAUGGUACAUUUAUGCCACCUGAGAUUUUUGGAAGCAAGUUUUAUAUGGGAGCUGUUAUUAAGAAAUACGAAGAAUAUCCACUAAAUUUUCUAAUGGGUGUCUGGGGUAGUGCAUUUUCAAUACUCUUCAACAGAGUUCUUGGAGUUUCCAGUCAUAACGCAGGAGUCACAAUGGAAGAGGAAUUGGAAAACAUUAAACCAAAGCACAUCGUGACCUUGGACAAUUCAGACAGUGAUGAUGAACAGCAAGAACCCAAAGGAAGUGAAAAUCUUGCAGCUGAAGAGGAAUAUCAAAAAAACAAUCAAGCCAGCUGGGUUCAGCGCAUGUUCAUGGCUAUAAUAAGUGAUACUGCCCUUUUCAACACACGUGAAGGAAGAGCUGGAAAAGUGCAUAACUUCAUGCUUGGUUUAAACCUUAAUGUGUCGUAUCCAUUGUCUCCUUUAACACAGCUUUGUUCCCAGGAGUCUGUAGAUGAGGAUUUGAUGGAUCCAGCAGUUGCAGACCCUGAUGAGUUUGAACAGAUAUAUGAGCCACUGGAUGUAAAAAGUAAGAAGAUACAUAUUGUAGAUAGUGGUUUGACAUUCAAUUUACCACAUCCUCUUAUCCUAAGACCACAGCGUGGAGUGGAUCUGAUCAUCUCCUUUGAUUUUUCUGCAAGGCCAAGUGAUUCCAGCCCCCCAUUCAAGGAACUCCUACUUGCAGAGAAGUGGGCACGCAUGAAUAAGCUACCAUUUCCAAAGAUAGACCCGCAUGUCUUUGAUAGAGAAGGCUUGAAGGAAUGUUACAUAUUUCGACCAAAGAACCCAUCGAUAGAAAAAGACUGUCCUACAGUGCUUCAUUUUGUUUUGGCUAACAUUGAAUUUAGAAAGUUCAAAGCUCCAGGUGUUCCCAGGGAGACGGUGGAAGAAAAAGAUUUUGCAGAUUUUGAUAUUUUUGAUGACCCUGAAAGCCCAUUUUCAACAUUUAAUUUUCAGUAUCCAAACGAAGCAUAUAAAAGAUUACAUGACCUCAUGGAGUUCAACACACUCAACAACAUACAAGUGAUAAAGGAGGCAAUUCAAGAAAGCAUUGAAUACCGAAAGGAGCAUCCAUCCCGCUGUUCAGUGUCACUUAGUAAUGUUGAGACACGGAAAUUCUUUAACAAAAGCAAACAGCAAAACUGAACACUAGAGCCAAAUUGUGACGGGAAAUGUACCGGAAUGGUCAAGUAAACACUUUUCACAUGUAAUACAUGUGUAUAACCAAGUAAAAGAUAUUAUUUAUUAAAAUUCAAGAUUUGUAUUAGUUUUUAUGUUGAUUUUUAUUGCACAAUAACCAAAAGUAAUGAAUAUUGAAGAGAAAAUAUUUUUGUAUUUAUCUGGACAUUUUCAUCUUCUCUGUCUCAAGCAUUUAAUGUUGUAUGUGGUUUUUAUCUUUUAUGUGCCAAAUUUAACCUUGCUGGACUAUUUUUUUUUUUUUGUCCUUUUAAUUUUAAGUUUACUUUUUCA